AUGGCAAAUUCAUCAGAAGAAGAUAAAAGAAUUGAAGACCUCAAUGAUAUCAAUGAAGAGGAUUACGUUCCUUAUGUUCCAACAAAAAAAAGGCGUCAAGAAAAAUUCCAAAAGUUAUUAAGUCAAAGACGUAUCAUUGAACCACAAAAUAAUGUUGAGAUCGAUGACGAAGUAGAGGACACAGUUAAAGCCGGUCCAAAGGCGAAUGUGAGUCUGAUUGAUCAGGCUGUUGAAGUGAAAAAGCAAAAAAUGUUAGAAGAUUCAACAAAAACUGAUGUCGAAAAGAAACUCGAGGAAGAAAAGGCAAUAAUGGAAGCUGUGGCUCAGAAAAAGCUUCUAGCUUCAGAUCGAGAGCUUGCAAAGGGCAUUAUUUAUACAAAACCAAUGACUACAACAUGGAGACCACCUCGUCAUAUACGAGAGCUUCCCCUCAAAGAACAUGAUUUAAUACGACAAAAGUAUCAUAUUCUUGUGGAUGAGUAUUUAAAAUCCAAAAAUAUUCGACGUCCUACGCCAAUUCAAAUUCAAGGCCUUCCAGUUGUACUAUCAGGACGAGACAUGAUCGGAAUUGCAUUUACAGGAUCGGGAAAGACCUUGGCCUUUUCUCUACCAUUAAUUAUGUUUGCUUUAGAAGAAGAAUGUAAGCUUCCUUUAAUUAGAGGCGAAGGUCCUAUAGGAUUGAUUGUGUGCCCAUCACGUGAAUUGGCUCGACAAACAUUUGAUAGUAUUUGUGCUGCUAUAGAAUUUUUAACUGGAGAUGGUUAUGCCAAGUUAAGACCUCUUUUAUGUAUCGGUGGUAUAUCUAUGUCGGAUCAAUGGCAUACAUUAUCAGAGGGAAUUCAUAUUGUGAUUGCUACUCCCGGAAGAUUAAUGGACAUGUUAGAAAAAAGGAAAUUUAAUUUGGAUUUGUGCAAGUUUUUGUGUUUAGAUGAAGCUGAUCGUAUGAUUGAUAUGGGAUUUGAGGAAGAUGUUCGAAAUAUUAUGUCGUAUUUUACAAGUCAACGGCAGACUCUAUUAUAUUCAGCCACUAUGCCUAAAAAAAUUCAAGAUUUUGCAAGAUCAGCAUUGGUCCAACCCGUGAUCGUUAAUGUUGGUCGUGCAGGUGCUGCUAAUUUGGAUGUUAUUCAGGAAGUGGAAUAUGUUAAACAGGAAUCAAAGAUUGUGUAUUUAUUAGAAUGUUUACAAAAAACACCACCUCCAGUGCUUAUCUUUGCAGAGAACAAAAAUGAUGUUGACGAUAUUCAUGAAUUUCUUCUUUUGAAAGGUGUUGAAGCCGUAGCAAUUCACGGAGGAAAAAGUCAAGAGGAACGGGAAUUCGCCAUUAGUUCAUUUAAAGAAUAUAAAAAAGAUGUUUUAGUGGCUUCUGAUGUGGCUUCCAAAGGUUUGGAUUUUCCGGAUAUUCAACACGUUAUUAAUUAUGAUAUGCCCAAGGAAAUUGAAAAUUACGUGCAUAGAAUUGGACGUACUGGUCGUUCUGGAAAAACGGGUGUAGCCACAACAUUUAUCAAUAUGAAUUGUUCUGAACAGAUUUUAUUGGAUUUAAAACAUUUACUCAAAGAAGCCAAACAACGGGUUCCUCCUGUGCUUGAAGUUUUAGAGGAUCCACUCAAGGAUUUAAAAGGAGGAUGUACCUUUUGUGGUGGUCUUGGUCAUCGAAUUGCGGAAUGCGAAUAUUAA